AUGAAGACCGCCAUCAAGACCCUCCUCGCCGGAACCGGCCUGGCCUCCCUGGCCUCCGCCGUCACUCCCGUCUCCGAUUCCGACAUGAACAACCUGCUCAAUGCCGGAGGUGUCGAGCUUGCCAUGAGGGCCCAGCCCAUGUGGUUCUUCGGCCAGGCCAUGAACCAGCCUCCUUGCAUUCCCACCUUUGCCACCACCAACGGCCAGCAAACUCCCUCCGCCCCCCUUUGCGCCUAUCCCAACGUUGGCUGCAGCUGCCGUACCCCCGGCGUUGGCAUCACGAACCCUUCGCCUUCAUUCCCUACCUACUACUCCUACCAGAAGUGCACCGACACCACCAUCCGAAUUCAGUACUCGGUGUUCUAUGAGAAGGAUGGCACCACUCCCGAGGGCAUUUUGGGCCACCCUUACGACUGGGAGCGUGUCAUUGUUGAGUGGGCCAAGGGCGGAGACUCAAACUGGACUCCCAGCAAACUCCUUCUGUCUCAGCACUCUGGCUAUGACACCCUGAACUGGAGCGAUAUCCAAAACACCUUCAACACUGCCGAUGGCACCCUUCAGCGCGGUGGUGACAACGGCCGCCAGAACCUUGACCACCCCAAGGUCUACGUUGCUUGGAGCAAGCACGCCAACUACAACGACCGCAACACUGGCUGGAACGACCCUCUGUCUCAGCUUGACGACAACGCUUUCCGGAGCCAGGACUGGUGGUACUUCCCCGUUGCCUCUGAUUACCUCCGUGCCGACGGCUCAACUGCUCUGGGCCAGCAGCUCGGCAGCCUCAACUGGGGAGACGCUUCCUCCAACCCUCCUUCCGUCCACAACAGCCUCUGCUCUCAGUAA